UUAGGUCCGGAGAGGAGCGUUGAUGUCACUGAUGUCACCAAACAGAAAGACUGCAAGAUGAAGCUUAAGGAAUUUGUGGAUUACUACUACAGUACAAACAGGAAAAGGGUCCUCAACGUGACCAACCUGGAGUUCUCGGACACGAGGAUGUCCAGUUUUGUGGAGCCUCCAGAUAUAGUUAAGAAGUUGUCCUGGGUGGAAAACUAUUGGCCUGACGAUGCUCUUCUGGCUAAACCAAAAGUUACCAAGUACUGCCUGAUCUGCGUCAAGGACAGCUACACAGAUUUCCACAUAGAUUCGGGAGGAGCUUCUGCGUGGUACCACGUGCUGAAGGGAGAAAAGAUAUUUUAUCUCAUCAAACCAGCCUCUGCAAAUAUUUCUCUUUAUGAACGCUGGCAAUCGGCAGCAAACCACAGUGAGAUGUUUUUUGCAGACCAAGUCGAUAAAUGUUACAAAUGCACAGUUAAACAAGGACAUACGCUCUUCAUUCCAUCAGGUUGGAUUUAUGCAACUCUAACACCUGUAGACUGCCUGGCCUUUGCAGGACAUUUUCUACACAGUCUAAGUGUUGAAAUGCAGAUGAGGGCAUAUGAAGUAGAAAGACGGUUGAAAAUUGUCAGUCUGACCCAGUUUCCGAACUUUGAAACUGCAUGUUGGUAUAUGGGAAAGCACCUACUAGAGACUUUCAAAGGUUUGCAUAAAGCUGGGCAACAACCUCCUGCUCAUUUACUCCAAGGAGCAAAAAUUCUCAACGGUGCUUUCAGGUCAUGGACUAAAAAACAGGCUUUAGCAGAGCAUGAAGAUGAACUACCAGAAAACUUCAAACCAGCACAACUUAUCAAGGACCUUGCCAAAGAAAUAAGAUUAAGUGAGAACGCUUCGAAAGCCAGCAAAGCAGACACGAGUGCCAACACAAACGCCGAGGAGAUCUGUCCUGUGGAGAAGGAGGAGGCACCAUCGCCCGUCCAAGUGACGCCUCCGCCCCCACCUGUUGAAAAACUCCCUAAAAAAAAGACUCCCAAAACUGUGAAAACCCCCAAACAACUCAAGCCAUCCAAACCCCCCAAACCUCCCAAGCCACCCAAACCUCCCAAGCCUCCCAAAACACCAAAAGUUAAGGGAGAAGGUAAAAAGAAAGGAAAGAAGGCAAAAGAGAGUCCACCCCCAGCCAUCCCGAAUCUCGACUUGCUGGAGGCACACACAAAGGAGGCUUUGACAAAGAUCGAGACGCCAAAGAAGGGGAAGGCUGCAAAGAAUGUUUUAAGUGUUCCCAAUAAGGAAACUGCUAGUAAGCAGAAUGAGGUGGAGAAAUUUGAAGUUCGAGAGCAAAAUAAAAGCAAAACAGAAGCCAAAUGGAAAUAUAAGAACAGUAAACCCGAUUCACUUUUAAAAAUGGAAGAGGAACACAAAUCGGAAAAGACGCCUUUAUCAGGAAAUAAGGACAACAAAUUUACAUUCUCUUUCUCUAAUAAGAAGUUGCUUGCUUCAAAGGGAGUCAAAACCCAGCUGAAUACCAGUGUGUUUGGGUCACUGCAGAAUUUUAAAGAAGAUAAAGCAAAACCUGUACGAGAUGAAUAUGAAUACGUGUCAGAUGAUGGUGAACUAAAAAUUGAUGAGUUUCCAAUUAGAAGGAAGAAAAACACUACAAAAAGAGAACUGCCCUUUUUAUCAGAUAAAAAAGACACUCUGCAGCACCCUCCUGUUAAGAAGCCAAAGGUGGAGUCGGUAUCAUACAAGAGUGAUGACUCGUCAGAUGAAGAUUUGCUUCACAUUGACACAGAGGCAAAGCCAGGGCGCAAUUCCAAAGUAAAGAAAGAGAGCGGAAGUUCCGCAGGAAUUCUUGAUCUUUUGCAGGCAAGCAAGGAAGUCGGGGGUUUAGAGUAUAACACCAACAGUCAGCCACCUGCCUCACCCAGCACGCAAGAAGCAAUCCAGGGCAUGCUAUCGAUGGCAAACCUCCAGUCGUCAGAGUCCUGCCUCCAGACAUCGUGGGGUACCAAUCAGGCGAAGAAUAACUCCAUCUCCACACAAAACUCUAAAAAAACAGGUGGUGGCAGCAACAAAAACGCUGGCAAGCGGUUACUAAAGAAAAGCACAAAGAACAGUAUUGACAUUGAAGAUUAUGAUGAAGACCAGGACCACUUAGAUGCCUGUUUUAAAGAUUCAGAUUACGUUUACCCUUCUCUCGAAUCAGAUGAAGAUAAUCCAGUAUUCAAAUCCCGAUCAAAGAAGAGGAAAAGUUCGGAUGAUGCCCCUUACAGUCCAACGGCACGAGUCGGCCCCUCAGUGCCUCGACAAGACAGACCGGUGCGAGAGGGCACGAGAGUCGCCUCCAUUGAAACUGGACUCGCCGCCGCUGCCGCGAAGUUGUCACAGCAGGAGGAACAAAAAGGCAAGAAGAAAAAAAAUACCAAAAAGAAGCUGUCAACCAACAACGCGAACAAACCGGCUCAGGAAGGCAGCUCGCCAGAGCCGAAGCUGGAGUCACAUGCCAGCAGCCUCACAGAUCACGAGUACACCGCAGGGGCCAGCACCUUUGGGGUCGCCCAGCCUAACAGGGGAUCGCAGCCGAUGGCACCCGGUGUUUUCCUCACACAGAGGAGACCCUCUUCAUCCUCGCAGAACAAUGCCUCCGCCAAAGGUACCAGGAAACGCCUGGGGUUAUGCU